AUGUCCGAGGCCCAACGCGAGCGGGAGGUCCAGCGAUAUCUCCAGAGCUGGCAGGUCGCCCAAGGUUCCUCCUUCAACGUCGCCCUCAAUGUCGAUAGCAUCGCCGCCCCGGACUUACAUGGCAACGGCUACAAGCCAAAGGCCUCGGCCGACAAGGCCCUCACCGCCUUUGCUCAGCUCGCCGUGCUGAAGCUCGACGUCAAGCGUGCCAUGGUCUCGCUGAUCGAUACCACCACCCAGACCAUUCUUGCCGAGGGUACCCGUAGCGUUCAACUUGGAGACUUUGAGCACCUGCAGGAUUCAAACAGUAGUGGUUUGAACGACGCCGAUGAGACGAAUGUUGAUAAUGAACUGUGGCUCGGCGCCACCAUCCUUUCUCGUCCCGAUGCCGUUUGCGAACACUCAAUGGUGAAUACUUGCACAGGUUUAGACCCCAAGGGCCGCCCGUAUACGGCGACCGGACUCAUCGUCAAUGACUGCCGCCUCGACCCUCGAUUCGCGCAGCGCCCCUAUGUGCUCUCGGAACCCGGCGUACGCUUCUACGCUGGCGUGCCCAUCAUCUCACGCAGCGGCCACAAGAUUGGCUCCUUUGCCGUCUCCGACGAACGACCUCAUGAUGGACUCACGGCGGAGGAAAUUCGGUUCAUGCAGGGCGUCGCGCAAACGGUUAUGGAACAUUUGGAGUGGGCCCGGGAUCGCGUGGAUAGGUUCAAGGGCGAGCGGAUAGUGCGAGGACUGGCGACGUUUAUCGAGGGAUGUUCUACCAUGAACGAAGAUUCAAAUCCUGUCAAGGACGACAUACCGAGGAGCCCCUCGACGGUACGGCCACCGGAUAUGCCGCUCAUCUCGACGCGACGGCCGAUGCCCAGAUCGAAUUCGUACUUCCGCAACGCCGAAGCACUCGUCCGGUCUCGAGAGUCAUCAGCGUCUCGUCAGCAAAGCAAUACUACGGAACCUCAGGGGCCCAGCACCGAGAACCCGCCAUCGCCCAAGAAGGCAUACCAACCGAGGGCCGACGGCUUGUCGAAACUCUUCAACCGCGCAGCGGACGUCCUUCGUCACUCGACGCUGGCUGACGGCGUAGCCUUCUUUGGAGCCACGGCAACGACUGCUACUCCCGGAAGCCAAUCAAGGUCGGGCAGGAAUCAGUCGUCGGACGAGGAGGAUGUCACACGACCCGCCACAUCAGGCUCUGGGCUGGAUAGCUCCGACUCUGACACCUCGCCCUCCGCCAGGCCCUGCAAGAUUUUGAGCUUCUCCGUGGCUGAUGAGCGUGCGCGCGCGCGCAUCGAGCAGGGCCCGGCGCUUUCACUCGGCAUUCUUGAAAAGUACUUUUCCAUGUUCCCCAUGGGCAAGACCUUUUCCUUCACCGAAGCCGGGCUUGGGGUGUCAUCUGGCGACGACAGUGCUAGUGACAGGGAGACAAUGGGCGUCGACGGGGCAGCGCCGCCUGACAAAUCCGAAGGCAGACGGCGAAAGGUCAAAAUGGUUCACGAAGAGCUCCUCAAAAAAAUACCCGGAGCCAAGACAGUGGUCUUUGUACCACUGUUCGACUACGGUGAGGACAGGUUAGCCGGCGGGUGUUUCCUCUGGACCUCCGUCACCGGCCGCAUGAUGAAUCUCGACCAGGACCUCUCGUACCUCCGAGCCUUCAGCAACAGUAUCAUGACCCAAGUUGGCCGCAUCAACAGCCAAAAGAACGAGGCGGCCAAGACGACCUUUAUCGCGAGCAUGAGCCACGAACUCCGCAGUCCCCUCCAUGGCAUCCUCGGAUCCGCCGAGCUUCUGCAAGAUACCAGCACAGACGCGUAUCAAUCGGGUCUCAUCAGCUCCAUCGCCACCUGUGGAAAGACGCUGCUCGACACGCUCAACCAUGUUCUCGACUACAGCAAGAUCAACAGGCUCGGGCGGGCACAGAUGAGACGGCGCGCUAAGCAGAACCAGAAUAGGCCGGCAGCCAUCACGUCGGACUCGCUCGAAAGCUUGAGCAUGUCCUCCGUAGUAGACCUGGCUGUUCUCGUGGAAGAGGUGGUUGACGCCAUCGCCGCGGGCCACGCCUUCAAGAAGCUCGUCGGCGCGGGCUCCCUGGAUGGACCCAAGCCCAGCAUCAGUGUCAAGGAGACGAAUAACGUGAGGUCGGUGGGCAACUUCCAAGCGCCGGGGGCCAAGGGUCCUGUGUCAAUAUUGUUAGAUGUCGACCCGAAGAUACCUUGGUUGGUGAAAGCGCAGCCAGGCGCCCUCCGGCGGAUUAUCAUGAACUUGUUCGGGAACGCCCUGAAGUACACGACACAAGGCUACGUUCUGGUUUCUUUGACCGGCCAGGCGAGGUCCGAGGGAACAAAGAUCGACGCCAUGAUACGCGUGGCGGACUCUGGUAAGGGCAUGUCUGAGGAGUUCCAGCAAACCCGACUGUUCCUCCCCUUCAGCCAGGAGGAUUCCUUCCAGCCCGGCACGGGCCUAGGUCUUAGCAUCGUCAAGCAGAUUGUUGACUCGUUGCGGGGAAGCCUCGAAGUCAGGUCCGAGCAAGACAGAGGCACCGAGUUCGACGUACACCUCAGCUUUACAUCGGCAUCCGACGAAACGGAGGACCCCCGUGAACCGGAUGAGGCGAUGCGCAGCGUCGUCGACGAAACAAGGGGGAUGAAGAUUGUCCUCCUUGAGGAGGAGCGUACUCCUGACGCACCGCCCAUGACGAAACACGCCGCGAAGCUGAACCAGAUUCUCACGGAGACGUGCUCCGAGUGGUUCAAGAUGAAGGUUGUUAAGGAAAACCCCAGCGAGCCACCGGAUGCCGAUAUGUACCUCUACUCUGAGCCUCCCUCGGUGGAGGUGCUGGAGAAGCGCUUCAGGGAGAAUUCGCGGAGAUCGCCGAGUCAGAAGAAGGCACCCUUUAUCAUUGUGUGCCCGACGGCAGAAGAAGCAGUCAACAUUCUCCAGGACCACAGCAAGCUGUUGUUGGACUUUUCAGAAAUCGUCGAGGUGAUACCGCAGCCAUGCGGCCCGCGAAAACUGGCCAAAGUAUUUAGCCACUGUCUCAAGCGGGUAGAAGAGCUGGAGAGGACCCAAGCAACGGCACGCAACUCAUCCGGGCUGCUAGCCCCGAUACCGCUCGCCCCCGACGGCACCACCCCCGGCACCACCCCCGGCACCAACGAAAUCCGCCAAGUCGAACGAGUCGGCACCCCACUCCACCAGCAAGCCAGACCAGAACAACUCGAGCCCGCCAUGGGCGUGCAACCCCUCAUCAAACCCCUGGGCGCAAUGGCCCUCUCCCCGGCCCUCAACGGCGGCCAGCCCGUCCUCGUGGGACAGAAGAACGUGACGCUGCACGUUCUCCUGGUAGACGACAACCAGAUCAACCUCAAGCUCCUCGUCAUGUUCAUGAAGAAGUGCGGCUUCACGUACGAGCAGGCCGAGAACGGGCAGGAGGCGCUCGAUCGCUUCAUCGAGGCGUCGAGCUCGUCCAUUGAGGCGAGCGCGAGUAAGCGGCGAAGGUUCGAUUUUGUCUUGAUGGAUAUCAGCAUGCCGAUCAUGAACGGGUUCGAGGCGACAAAGAGGAUACGCGAGUACGAGCGGGAGCAUAGGUUGCAGGCCACGACGGUGGUGGCGCUGACGGGGCUGGCGAGCGCGGAUGCGAGGAGGGAUGCUGAGACGUCUGGGUUUGAUGUGUUUUUGCCCAAGCCGGUGCGUUUUGCCGAGUUGCAGAAACUUCUUACGGCGUCGUGA